AUGUGGAAAGAGAGUGUGGAAAUUGUUCUCGGUUGCAUGGAUUUGGACCAAGCACUUCGGAUUGAGCGACCCAUUUCCACUGCGGAAAACCCAAAUACGGAUAAAAUUGAGAGGUGGGAUCGCUCUAAUCGCAUGUGUCUAAUGAUCAUGAAACGCUCUAUUCCGAGCAGAUUUAGGGGCUCUAUCACUGAGAGCACUGAUGCUAAGAAGUUCCUCACUGAAAUUGAGCAAUUUUUUGCUAAAAAUGAAAAAGCGGAAGCGAGUAACACUUUGAUGAAACUCGUCACCAUGAGGUAUAAAGAAAAGGGGAACAUAAGGGAGUACAUCAUGGGAAUGUCUAAUCUCAAUGGGAAACUCAAGGAACUAAAGUUAGAGCUUUCGGAAGACUUGCUCAUUCACUUGAUUCUCAUAUCACUUCCUGCACAAUUCGGACAAUUUGUGGUGAGUUAUAACACUCAGAAGGAUAAAUGGACUCUUAAUGAGCUCAUGUCACAUCUUGUGCAAGAGGAAGAACGACUAAAGCAAGAUAAGAUAGAGAGUGCUCACUUGGCAUCAACCUCUCAGGAUAAGAAGAGGAAGAGAGCUAAGUAA